AUGGCAAGUGCUUUCAUUUCAACUUCCGGAGAGCCAGCGGAAGCGGAAGUCAAAGAAAGAAUUCUGGAACGUGAUGCGGGUUUCGUCUCAGGAGGUGAAGAUGACGACUCAUGUUCAGGGCCAGCUCAUUCCGAUGACUCCGGCGUCAGGCUUGUCGUGUCCGACUCCAGAUGCAAGAGAGAAAGGACCCCCACCCGACUCCAACCACCUAAAAAAAGAAUACGACUCGACUCACGGGAAGAACUCCAAAGCCCAGAAAGCGACACCGUCAGUCCGUUCAGGCCCUGGUCAUUCGCCGAACCUCAGAGUGAACCAUUAUCUUUAGUUAAGAAAACAAGUGAGACUAGCUUAUUAAGACAACGAAGGAGGCCGGAACCCCCUCCUCCUCCCGUUCCACCCCCACCGGCUCUCGAACCUAGACCGGGACCGCCCAGAGUUCCUCCACACCCAGGCGUUGUCGAACCGUACCCUGAAAAGUCGAAACCAAGAGAACAGAGGAAUUAUAAAAACAUGACCAGAGAAAGGAGAAUAGAAGCAAAUGCCAGAGAAAGAACGAGAGUGCAUACAAUAAGCGCAGCCUUUGAUACGCUAAGGCGAGCUAUACCAGCAUAUAGCCACAACCAAAAACUCUCAAAAUUAUCUGUUUUACGGAUAGCCUGUGCAUACAUUGCCGCUUUGUCAUCUAUAGUCGAACCUGAUGCAGAUUUGGCUGCAGCAGUGGAAACUGUCACGCAUACAAUACAUACAGAAGGAAAAUUGCGGAAAAAGAAAGACGAUUCCUAAGUGGCAUUAAGAAUUUGUCCUUUGUGAUUGGGUAUUAGGAAUUGCACCACGAUGAUGCGAAUAUACAAAAUGCAUUCGUUCUACAAUGCUCAUUGGUUCCUGAAUAAGUGAUAAGUUUAAGGUGCUUUAUAGGAGCAUUGAUUAAUCGUGUUAGACAUUGACAUACCGUCCUAUGAAGCCUGUUCAAAAGUCAUUGUAUUAGUACAAAAAUGACAAUAACGUUUCUUUCCUAUACAUAAAUGAUAUAAUAUUAUACUUUAUAGAAAUCGUCAAUUUUUACAAAUUUAUUAUAUGACUAUUUUAUGUCUCGAAAAGUGAUAAAUAUUAUAUAAUGUCAGCAUAAUGUACCUUGUAAGUGGUACUGUAAAAAACCGAGUAGUCUUGGAGCGCGCUGUCGUAAGUCGUAAAGAAUGUUACAAAAAUAAAAAUUAAAGUUUGAUAUGGAUUGAAGGUUUUUUGUGCAUUUUACAAUAUCACGGCUU